CAGGGGCCCCUCGCCCUUAUCGGACGCCUAUCCCGCAGCACGGAGUCGGCGCUGCCUCUCUGGCCGGGGCUCCUUGCGGGGUGGCUCCCGGCCCUUCUCCUCCCCGGGGUGUCUACCCGUCGGUCGGGGCGAGAGGAUCCAACAAUAAAGUAGAUUGAAAUAAGUCUGCGGUUGGUGAGUUUCCAGCGAUACUUAAUGGCACUCGCAGUAAACAGUCCCUCUCUGUGCUAGCGGGGAAAAUCAUCCAGACACAAGCGCAUUCCACCCCCUUUAGGGCUCCCUGGCUGUUAUUAUAGUUAUUGCAUUACUCUGGUGUAAGCCUUUUGUAACUAAGCUUCUAUAAAGCCCCGCUUACAAGCGCCCUGAUUAGAAUUUUCCUUGCCAGCAACCAAAGGCCACCCGCUUUCCAGUGCUAUACAGAGGGAGCCGUCAGCAGCCACCCCUCUGAAUGUGCGCUUUGUUCCUGCCAACAAGGAAACGAGUGGGCUUCCACUGGGGAGAAUGCGGCCCUUCUGUCGCAAGGAGCUGGGGGGCACCGGGCCCGGCGGCGGCGGAGGGGUCACGGGACCGCGGGGUGCGGGCCGCCCCUGAUCCGGGAGGGGAAGGGAAGGAAAGGGGGGGACGCGGGGCGAUGCUCUCCCAGCACCCGGCCGCAGGGCGAGAGCACAGGGGGACAGGGCGAGCGGCGAACCGCAGGCACGGAGCGGUCACCUCGCCGCGUCCAACGCCGGCGCCAGUACCAUAGAGCAGGGACGGAAUGCCAGGCUUUCGCUUUCACGCAGGAUGCAGGAUGUGUGUAACACGGAGCAUUUCUCAGCUCGUCUGAUUUUUAACUUCCUCUAAAACUCUGUGUUGUUUUUUUUUGUUUUGUUUUGUUUUUUUCCCCUCUCCCUCUGUUCGGAGAGCGGCAACGAGAGGCCGAGAGGAAGCACGCUGCCGCCGUGCGAAAUGCGGACCAUGUGUGGGAGCGAUGUGCCCGGCGGCACCCGGUGGCGAGGGGGGUGACAAGGCAGAGCCGGGCUUCCCUGCUGAGAGCCGCCGUCCUAGGGCGGUCCAGCACCGUCGGUGCCAUACCGACUUAUGGCCGUGCGGCGUUCCCGUGUUGAUCGGGAUUCUUUCGGUCUGAGGCUUUCACGAUGUGCUUUGUGUUCGCCCACCUCGAGGCUCUGCGGGCAAAGGGUUAAAUCUUCGGAGGGCUCGAAGGAAGCAGCCGAGUUUCAGCGAAGAAAAAAAAAAAAAAAAAGGAAAAUAAAGAAAGGUGGGGGGAGAAGAAAGGAGUGGGAGCGGGGAGAGGCGAGGGCCGCACGACGCCCUGAUCAUCCUUCUGGCUGCUGGAGAAUAAUAAUUAAUCCCAAUCGUAACCCGCGGCCUUUCUCUCCUAUUGGGCUCUGCCAGGAAGCGCCUCCGGCCCUGGGGCUCCCCGUUCCCUCUCCGCCUCCCCCCUCCCCGUCCCUUCCCUGGGCAGUGAGAGGAGAAAGGGCCGCCCUGCCCACCGCCGCCCGUGCUCCUCCGGUCGCGGCGCACAGCUGUGGCAGCGCGGUGCCUCCUCCAGCUCUCUCCCGGCUCCGGCUCGGCACCCUCCUCCUCCUCCCCCUUUGUUCUCCCCCCUCCGCCUUUCCUUCUCUUUAAAUAGAUUUCUAGGCGCUGCCUGGUGGAGAGCGGCUCUCCGGAGAGCGCAGCUAUCGCUUCCCUGCCGCUAACCUCUCUUCCUCCGUUCUCCGAGCACAACGCGAUCCCGAGGCCGAGCAACCUGCGCUGAGAAAGAUAGAGAAAAGCACAACUGGGGCCCCCCGGGUCGUGCACGACUGCGUGCAGAGGGAGGGCUCGGGUUGACCCUCCCGAAUGAAGAGGGUCGAGGGCAGCGGGGAACCCUUCCCGGGCUGUGCCCCCCCCCCGCACUGCCCCGCACCCGGGGCUCUCCCGGGGCGGAGGGAGGCCGAAGACAGAAUGGGGCGCGAGGAGGCGAAGUGCCGCCCGGAGAGCUGUUGUGACAGAUGCUUGGCUUCGCUGGUGAGAGAAGGAGUUAAAAGUGAGCGAGCUGUUUGUCGAUGGAGCCGCUUCCCCGAGCGGCUGGCUGGAAAGCCGUCCAUCAGCAACCAGUCCGACCUGCCCGUGAUAAUAUGCGAUCAACACCAAAUCACCCCCGCCAGGCACGAUCCAUCAUCGCCGCGAUGCGAUGGGCCCUUUUAUGGCUGUGUCUACGCGGGGGGCGGGCGGGGGGAAGGGGGAGGGAGCGGAGAAGAGGGAGCGGGAGCGCGUGAGUGGGGAGGGGGGCAUCCGCCGCAAUGGGAACCGCAGCCCCCCCGGCUCCUGGAGCGGCGGAGCCGAAAGUUGCCGGGCCGGGGCUGCGCCUGGCAGCGGGCCCCGCCGCCUCCGCCUGCCAUCAGCCUCCCCUCCCCCUGCCGGCUCCUCCGGGGCGAGCUUGACUGGCGUUAAAUUAAUAAUUAAUCGGGUGAAAUUGAUUAAAGGGCUCUGCGCGCGAUGGGGCGCGGGGAGAGCCCUUCCCCUCCUCUCCGGCAGCGGGGAGCUGCCGGCCCUCGGAGCUCCGGGGGCGCCCGGCCCGAGCAGGAAGGAAAAGGGCGGCGGGGAGUGGGGCGGGGGAGGAAGGCGGCGGUGGCGGCGGCUGCAGCAGAAGCAGCAGCAGCUUCGCUGGUGGCUGCCUGCAAGCGAGAGCGGCGGCAGCAGCAGGCGAAGGCUGGCCCCAGGCUGGCUCGGCUCCGCGCAUCUGGGAGUGCGUGUGCGUGUACAAAGCCGGAGCCCGGGAGCUGCUCGAGGGCGGUGCUCGGCACCACAACGCCAACCUCCCCCACCCUUCUCUGCCCCCCCUUCCUCCCUCCCUUCCUCCGGCCGAGAUCACUCUCUGCCACGGAAGGAAUGGGGAACCGCAGGGGACGCGGCCGGGCCGGCGCACGCCUCAGCUGCAGCCCCGCCGAGGUCGGAGCCACCGCAGCCCCAGCGUUGUUAUUCCUGGGCUGGAAAUAGCCCUGGCUCCGCCCUGACAAUCGCCUGUCAGAGGCCUCUCCUCUCCCCUCCCGGAGGCCCUGCCCUGCCCCUCUGUAUUUACUUUGGAAGUGUGUGCGCGGACGGGAGCGGCGCGGUGCCUCCUGCCCGGUUCCCCCGGCACACGGGCUGUGGCGGAUCCCGUCCCCGCUCCGCGUGACCCGAGAUAACCCGGCCGGGAGGGGCACAGGGCCGGCGCCGACGGGAGAGGGCACGGAGAGCCCCUCGCUGCGGUGCGCGGAGGGGUAGGGGGGACAGGAGCCCCUCGGUUUGGGGGCGGCCCGUGCUCCACAUCGCCCUGCCGGGAGAUGGGGGGGCUCGGCGGGGAGAUGGCAACGGGGCUUAUACCGCCACGAGGGCCAAGCAGCGAAGUUAUCACCAGCCGUGACCAAAAUAAAUGCCUGUGAUAAAAAAGCCCUGACAGCAUGAUCCAUUAUGCGGGUGUCACCGCGUACAACGAGGUUCAAUCAGAUACGUCGGUUGCCGUGGACAACGGGGGAAGCGGCGGUACCGGGCUGACUGCUUUGCUGGAGAGGCGGCCGCGCUGCCCUAAUGGGGGUCACACGGUGCCAUCUGCGCAGGGGUGGCCCGGCGCCGCUGCAAAGGCACCGAGCGCGGCCCCGCGGGCUGCCCCGGCCCCUACGACGGCACGGGCCAGGCCCCCGGGGGCGACCGCGAAGCCUCCCGUCUGGGCUGCUCCGCACGGCUCAGCUCGGCUCCCCGUGUCCCUCAGCAGCCCGGGGCGCGCCGCGGUAAUCACGGAGCGUUUGUUCCGUGCGGCGCAACCACCGCCUCCCGAGCGCUGCCCUGUUAUUAGCGGUGAGAGGCGAAGGGGGGAGGGCUGCGCUCUCGCUGCGGGCUCCGCGCUGCUGCACGUCCUCGCCUCCGGCGGAGCCGAGUGCAGGUGCCGAGCGGGGGCCGCAGGGGCCUCGGGGUUAACGAGGGCUUAGGGGCAGCAGGCUCGCGCACCACAUUCCUACAGAACGCCUCCCCCGAAGAGGGGGCCCGAGGCCAGACGGUACCUUUCGGCCCCGGCCCCUCUCCGCCGUCCCCGGGGUUGAGGACGCGACCUCAAGGCAUAAGGCACGGCCCGCGGCGGGGUGCCCCCCCUCCCCGCAGCCCUGGCUCGUGGUGCCCAACAUCCCGGUGCGGGCGCUGCGUGGCUGCGCUACGGUCCCGAGCAGCAGCACGAUGCUGCACCGCCCCCCCUCCCCUCCGUCACGAUUUAAUGCUUUCCAUGUUCGUCGGCAACUGCGCUUCCGCAGAGGAACCCCGGCGCGCUCUCGGCCCGGCGCUGCGCUGUAUUGUGGCGAGCGAGGCGCAGCCGGAGUGAAUCCAUUACGCCGCGAUCCGACAGCACAGGUUUCUGCGGAUACCCUCUGAUUUACAUUUAAAACAGCGCUCAGCCAUUGUCUGCCAGCCGGGAAAGAAAACACAGCCCCGUAACUUCCAAUGACCUUCAAAGAAACGCAAUUAACUGCUGCAAUUAUCGGUGCACGCCUUGUAGAAAGAAAAAAAAAAAAGACACAGGUGCUCGCCUCGCUGCUG